AUGUCAAAGUUUGAAGGUGAUCUUCAACCUGAUCCUACUAAAUUCCGCCACAUUGUUGGAGCACUUCAAUAUGUGACUCUUACUCGACCUGACAUUGCCUAUUCUGUCAACAUAUGCACAAUCCCACUUCAAUUCACUUCACAACAGCAAAGAGAGUCCUCAGAUAUCUUAAAGGUUCCAUCAACUAUGGUCUUCAUUACUGCAAAAGUCCUCUCACUCUCAAUGCCUACUAUGAUGCUGAUUGGGCAGGCAACCCUGGUGACAGACGCUCCACCACCGGCAAAGAAGCAAAAUGUAGUCUCACGCUACAGUACAGAAGCUGAAUAUCGCUUCAUGUGUCUUACAACAGCCAAACUGUAUGGAUUCGCAUGCUUCUCAAAGAACUCCAUUUUCCUCUCCUCUCUCCUCCAACUUUAUGGUGUGAUAAUUCAGGCGCUCUAG